GUCACUCGUUCUUUUGUGAAGCAGCACGAGCAAAUCGACACCGACUUCGACGCUGUCUCUGUUAGGCCCUUCUGCGUGCUCCGGAGCCUGUAGGAACUUUGUCAAAGUCGUCCUUGCGCCGCUUCGCACAGCUGGCCUGUCAGCGGCCUCCAAGUGUUUCUCCCCCGUCACAUUUGCCAAUAAUGGCCCAAAGUCUAAGGAACAACCCCCCCAUUCCCUAUGCAGCCUGAUCGAGUUGCCCGAAAUGUCCCAGUCGACCAGCGACACACUUCCCCCUCAGUCUCCCCGGGAUCGUUUGGCCCAAACAACCGCUGUUGUUUCAACCUCCUCGCUGGCCAGCCCUCAUUCGUACAUUCUAGCCUCCCGCAAACCACAAAGUCCCGCCGUGCUACAGGGCAGUUUAAUCCCUCGAGACUACCUGAGCUCGUUAUCCAGCUCGAGGCCGACCCCAGGGCAGCAGCGCAAGAUCGAGGAGGAGGACGACGAUUUGUAUGGGAAGGCCCCUCUACCUAAUGAUUCUGGAAAGAGACUGGUCAAAAAUAUAUCGGAGGGUGACGCUGCCCUGACACGAGAAAAGAGCAACGACAGUACUGCGCCGUCCCACGAGCAGGAGUCAAGCAUAUCAUCACGAUCCCUAAGUCAAAAGGACCAAGGGGUGACAGCCCUCUCUGAAUCCCCCAAGUCGUACGCUUCCUCGACGACCAGCGUGCACCUACCGAACACCAUGCCGCGGACAUCAUCCAUCGAUUCCGCUAUUUCUAAUAUCUCAAACGCUUCGCAUCCUCAAAAGCAUCUCGGAGAGGUGAAGGAGCCCACCCGAGAUGAGGUCCAAAAUCUCAUUGCCACGGCUGGCUCGGCGGAGAACCUGAUUCAGCACCUCUUGAAGGACAAAGGUCACGCUGCGGCGCAAAAUGCCCAACUAUGGAAACUCGUCGACAAGCAGAGGGCGCUGUUGCUGGGUCUGAACAAAGACCUCGAGCGAUUGACGAAAGAGAGGGACAGAUACAGGAAGAAAGUCAAGGAACUGCAGGCUCAGCCCUCGACGUCGCAGGUGGACCGUCUCCGGCUGGAAGAAGGAAACUCGCCUCAAUCUGACGGAGAAGCGAGCUUGAGGGCAGAGGAACAGACUGCGGGUAGAGGUAUUACAGGUAUCCAGAUGGAGAGCUCGCCCAUUGAUGCUGCUAUGAUGCCGUCACCACUUCACUUACAACAACAGCCACCGAAGAUGCAGAGCUUAGCCACGCAGCUGGCACAGCCUUCGUUUGCGCUCACCGAGGCCACUCCGCUCUCCGAGAAGCCCCCAAAAUCAUUCCAAGCCUCCAGGAAAGCUCCCCCCAAGCCGCUUGAUCUGCGACCAGCAAAGGAGGAGUUACCACCUCACCAGGUCAUCGUCCCGAACGACGUGAUUAUCAGUGACGAAGACGAAGAGGAGCGCCAGCCCAUUCAGAGGGGUCGACGGAAAACUCGGGAAGAAGAUGAUCGAGAUCGCGAAAUUCUUGCCCUUAAAGAGCAAGAAGCGAGAAGUCGGUCCAAAAAGGAGAAGAAAGCGAAGCCCGAAUCAGAACAAGCGACGGUUCUUGACCAGAUGCCUCUCCCACCGCCUGUAGCUGAAGUCACUCAACCCUUGCCUUUGAGACAGGAUCAUCUCUCCCCUGCCUCGAUAACGUCAGGCUCAGUGGGAUCUUCAGCUCAGUUGUCGCUACCCUUGCGAAGUCCCGGUCUUCCGAUGAGUCCUCGUCCCAUGAUGGGCUCUGCGCUUCCUAUGUCUCCGCGUGUGCCUGGAGGUAACUUUCCUCUUUCACCUCGUGCGCCAAAAAUGCCUUUACCUAUGCCAACGACACCCGGCCAGCAAGCACCUAACCCCCAGGCGCUGGCACAAGCACAGGCAGCUGCUUCCGAAUCUCACAAGAAGAUCGGCCCUUCAUCUCUGUCGAAGAUGAACACCGCUCCCGGCACUGACUUGGACCGCGGUCAGAUCCAUGAUUCUCCUCUGAGCCCGGGUGAGGUGCCAGCAGUGAGCCGUGCACUUAUCGAUCCAAGUUGGCCUGACCUGCUUCUUCCUCCAAAUGCUUUGCCCUCGAUUCAGGUGAAGGUCGCCUCUUCUCGACUGCGCCCCUCGAGAAACAGCAUGCUCGGACUGAGGAUGCCGGAAGAGAACGCUGUUUUCAGCUUGUCAGUCUUUGAGCGCGCUACGUCGUCUGAACUUUGGCGCGUGGAGAAAAUCCCUACUUCACUACCGAAUCUGGAACAGCAACUGAGAUCCCGCUGUUCCGAUCUACCCAAACUACCCGACCGAAAACUCUUUUCCGGUCAUUCGCCUGCUGUCGUCGACGCGAGAAGAAAUGCGAUUAAUGACUAUUUUGAAGACUUGCUCGAUACUCCCAUGGAUGAACAAGCGGCUGCGGUCAUAUGCCGGUUCUUGUCGACAGAUGUUAUGGAGCCACAACUCACCGUUGCCUCACAUAACACUGAGGACGCACAAACUAGACAGGCGCCACAGUCGCAUUCGGGCAUUCCGACCAAAUCCGGGUACUUGACCAAAAAGGGGAAGAAUUUUGGAGGAUGGAAGUCCCGAUAUUUUGUUCUGGACAGUCCUGAGUUGAGGUAUUUCGAAGCACCUGGCGGUGCGCAUCUCGGUACAAUCAAGUUAUUGAAUGCCCGCAUUGGGCGGCAAACGCAAUCCGACCCUUCAAAUGCAGAGGCCGACUCAGAAAACCAAUAUCGUCACGCAUUUCUCAUCCUCGAGCCCAAGCGCAAGGACAUGAACAGCCACGUUCGGCAUGUGCUUUGCGCAGAAAGCGACGCAGAGCGGGACGAGUGGGUGGAGACGUUGCUGCAUUACAUCGACGAGCGGCCGGUGGAGCCCAAACCGCAGUACGGAGCGGGCAUCCAGUCUUCACACACCAAGGACGUGAAAGUGGCUCAAAGAAUGGGACACGAGGACGCAGAGUCUAAAUCGAACGGAAGUCCACAAACUCACAGUAACACGCCUUCUCCCUCGAUCGCGUCUAGCCAAACUCCCGAGCUCAUUCAGGAACCUGUCCCGACCUCAAAACCGUACAAUAUCUCAGGCCCGAUGAACGGUGCUGUCAUUUCGGAUGCUGGAAGCUGGGGCAACAAAUCCGCGAGCAACAGUGGCAGCAAAGAGCGAGAGCAGAAGAAGCGCAAUCUGUUCCACUUCCGGAAACCAUCGUACGAGCAACUUGCUCCUGUGCAGCCGGCUCAACCCAAGAAAUCCGAACUCAACGCUCACCGGGGUGGGCACGUGAGAGCGGUGUUCGGGAUGCAGCUCCAGGAGGCGGUGGAGUACUACUCACCCGUGGACGUGGAGGUGUAUCUCCCGGCGGUGGUGUAUCGCUGCAUCGAGUUUCUCCGAGCCAAGAACGCCGCGAAUGAAGAAGGUUUAUUCAGACUUAGCGGGUCGAACAUUGUAAUUCGGCUGCUCAAAGAUCGGUUCAACACGGAGGGUGAUGUUGAUCUGCUGGCGGAGGAUGAGGACUACGAUGUGCACGCCGUGGCGUCCCUGUUCAAAACGUAUCUACGGGAGCUACCGUCGACGAUUUUGACCCGCGAACUGCAUCUUGAAUUCCUGAAGGGGCUGGAAUUGCCGGAGAAAUCACAAAAGAUUGUGACCUUCAACCUUCUGGUGCACCAACUGCCGGGCGCGAAUUUCUCGCUGCUACGGACGCUUUCACAAUACCUGCUGGAGGUGGUGCAGAACUCGGAGCGGAACAAGAUGACCAUUAAGAAUGUCGGAAUCGUCUUCUCUCCGACUCUCAACAUCCCAGCACCCCUGUUCGCCUUAUUCCUGACGGAUUUUGAGGCGAUCUUCGACAGGCCCAGCGAUGGGGAGUCUGUUCGAUCGACGGAGAUCGAGCGUGGAGAGGGCGCCCUCACGCCAGAAGACAUCCGAUCGCCCCGGCGGCAGAUGUUUACCGACUUGCCCACGCCCAUGUACAACCAAGACAGUUUUGCUCACAAUGCCCGGGCCACAGGCGGCAUCCCAGUCAGUGCCCGACCUGAGUAUCAGCAGCAUGAUCCCACGAACGAGCUGGGAUUUGCGCCGAUCCAACCGUCGUACGAGUCGAGACAAUACGUGUCGUUUCCACACGAGAUGCCGAUGAGCGCGCCCAGAUACCCGCCACCCCAGCCUCCCAACCAACAUGGAGGGAGCAGUCAGUACGGAGGAUCGAACAAUAUGAUGGCUCCCGAAAAUGCAGCGAGUGUCAGGGCACGACGCCGCGAGAGCUCGAUGUUGUUCAUGUGAACGAAUAUGUCUCGACUUGACGAAGUUUCGAAAGGGGGUGGAGGAGUGAUGAGCACUUCUCGCCCCAUUGCUGGAUAGUUAUUGUUGUCUUUCACUUCCCAAUACCCCAUUUUGCAGGCGGGUUUACUUUCGUGCGGUCUUUUUCUCUCGCGGAAAAUCUUGCGUCCCAGGACGAGCAUCUGAGCGAAUCUAGCUGUUUUGUACUAUCUCUGAAGAGCGGAAGGGGGGCGGGGACCUUCUUCUCCAUCAUGUCAAUCACUUAAUGAGAGCCUUUGAGUCGAUAUGAAAUUUUUGGGGCAUGAGCGAUGGGACGGACGACAAGGAUAUGAGUGUGCAAGAGCGUUUAGAUGAUUGGGGACACAGUGAGAGAUCAUGAUCAGUCCCGUAAGGCGGCUGCGAAGUUUGGCUCAUGAGGGUGACGGAUGAGCGGUCAAUAGAUCAAUCGACCUGGGCCGUGAUGGCAUUUCCCUAUUUC